UGACUCCCCAUUCCCAUUUCCCCAAAAAUUUUUAUCCAAAUUUGAUCAAAUGAAAUUGAUAAAAAAUAAAAAACAAUUCAUGACAUUUUUGUGAUAGUAAAGUGCCUCCGUGAAUGAACAUUUAUAUCUAUUAGUUUCCUUAAUAUGUCCAGUAGUUCUAGAAUUCAAUACAGAAUGGAGAAUCUAAUGGAUGAUGCUCUGAAUAUACAAAAGUUGCUGCCAUGGAUUGAAUCUGAUGAAGAUAUCAUUAACUUCAUGAGACGAGUUCCACUAGAUCACAGUCAUUUGAGAAAGCAGCUGACAAUCUAUCACUUCUUGAAGAAACAAGAUGAACAAGAACUCAAUUUCCAACAACAAAUUGAAGAUGACGCCAGAGAAAUUGUUAUGAUGUUGCCUGAUGUGCCAUACAAGGAGAUAAAAGAACGUUUGUGUGUCCUAGGGAACAUGACAAAUCGUAAAGAAGUUGUCUUGAGACAGCUACUAUUCAGCAAUAAGGAUAUUGAAAGGGUGCUUUAUGAGAUGUAUUUCGAUUGCCGAAAUAAAAGGAAAUCAGACUCUUUGGUGGACCAUGAAGAUUUAAAUAAUAGUGAGACUAAUAUCAAUAUCAAGAUAAGGCGGGUGCAAGGUACUCUGGAAGUAGUAUCAAGGAUAAAACAAGAGACAAUUACCAGUCCACAGCCCAGAACUGAUUCUAGUCCUCAGAAAAAUCAAGAAAUGCCUACUAACAAAGAUCUACAACUACCUCAUUCCUCUACAGCUUCAGUAGUGUUGAAAACAAGUAAUCAAAAACCAUGUACGGCGGUGUGUUCAACAACAAGACCUGGUAAAGACAUUUACAAACUGCUGAAUAGUAAUGAAGAACAUGUAUCCAGAAGCAAUAUCUCUGAAUUGAAGGAAUUAUUGCCAAAUCCUGUCCAAGAAGUUAAAAAAACAAAAAAUGAUAUGGAUUCUGCUGAUGUAUCAUUAGUGCCAACUAUCGAUUUGCUCAAUAAUAAUAUACCAAAACGAGAGAAAUUCGAUUUGGUUCAAUAUCUGAAAGAAAUUACCCAAGCCGAUGAGAAGAGAGUGAAGUCAAUCUGUCAAAGGUACAACGCCUCAUUGGACACCAAACCUGAAAUUCGGCUAUUAAACCAAAUAUUGAAUGCGUUUAUGGACGAUGAUGAUGAUGAAGAUGAUUUCAUAUUGCUGGAUGAUAGUAGAGUGGAUAUCUCUGAUAGUGAAGACAGAAUGUUAAGUGAUUUAGUCAUGCCAGUAAAUGGAAAUCCCGAUUCCACAACGGGUCAUCCAGACGGUGUCCGCGACUCCCUUCCUCACCAUAUGGACGAAACUGUCGUCGUGGAAUCGACGCCGAAACGCCCCGUCAUCGCUCCUGCCAGACUGACCCCCGGCGUCGUCAAGCCUUCUGAACCGCUCAAUCUCAGCUCGCCGAACAGGCCGAUCAUCCAGCCGGCCAGGCUGAUCCCGCAGCCUCCCAGAGAGCUCCCGCAACCAAUCAGAGAUCUUCCGCAGCCUUCCAGGGAGCUAGGCGGAGGCCGAAAGGAGCCGGAAGAGAUGCCGGCUCUGCCGCAGCAGUAUUUGGAGAGGGCUGCCAGUACUGUAUCAAACUUAGAAUCUGUCAGUGUGGAACAUGUACCUACUACUUCCACUGGAGCCAUCAAGAAGAAGAGAAAGGUUUUGGACGAGAAGCUGGUUUUCAGGUUGAUGGAAAUAUUUACCGAUACCUGUCCCGAUUAUAUAAGAAAUAUUUGUGAAGGAAAAGUGUGGUCUGAAUUCGAUGAUGUCGUCACUAUAAUUUUGUCAAAUGAAAACCACCCUAAGAGGCAGCAAAAAGUACAAAGUCCACCGCGAGAAGUGACUAUCGAAGAUCAACUAGAAAUAGUCAAGGCCCUCUUACCUGACGCCGAUCCAACAUACUUGAGAUGCAAAGUGGAAGAGUUUGGAUCGGAUCAGGAUAGACUUAACGAAUUCAUUUUCCAAGCCAACGAAACAAAGUCCUAUCCAACCAUGAAGGAAUAUUUGAGGAAACAAAAACUAUCAGCUCAAUCUAAGCAGUACACCACCGAGUUCAACGUGGAAAAUUUCGUGCAACUCUUUCCGGAGCCGGAGAAAACGUUCAGCGACCCGAAACGAGCCGUCAAAGUGGACAACUACACUUCCCUGUAUAUCCUCAACUAUUUCCAGAAAAGAUUCGAUAUGAUUUCGGUCAAAUACAUUCGGUCGGCCCUUGCCCAGGAGUCGUAUAGGAUAGUACCCAGCGAUAAGAUACUCAUGGAUCUUAUGAAAGCGAAUAAAACGUUGAAGAAUAGGAGGAAACAUUGCAAUGAUUUGAUUGAUAUUCCGCAAAAUAUUGCCGUCUUACAAGAGCUAGCCUACCUCACUCACCAAAAAGAGAUCGAGUCCUAUAUCAAAGAAAAAAUUGAGAAAGAAGAGCGCGACAGAAAGUAUGCAAAAGAGAACGGCUUGAUGAACACUUGCAGGUGCUGCUUCGACGACGAAGUCAUGCCGAAAGACACGUUCUGCUGCCCCAACGAGUGCAUGUUCUGCAGGGACUGCAUCCUCAAGAGUUGCGAGGUCGCUCUCGGUGAGGGUAAAACCGAAUUCAACUGCCUCGAAGGUUGCGAGGUUGAGUUCACGCUGCAGACGUUGCAGAACGUCCUGCCGCCGAAGAUGUUCUCCAAACUGGCCCAAAAGAAGACUGUGGCCGAGGCGCAGGCGGCCGGCAUCGCCGAGCUGGAAUCCUGCCCGUUCUGCGACUUCGCCAGCAUACCCGACGAGCGCGACAAGGUGUUCCACUGCCUCAACGCCGACUGCAUGAAGGAGUCGUGCAGGCUGUGCCGGCAGGAGAACCACGUGCCGUACAAGUGCGACGAGGUGGAGAGAGAUGCCGACGUGAAGGCGAGGACGUACGUGGAGAACAAGAUGACGGAGGCGCUGAUCAGAAAAUGCUGGAAGUGCGGCAUGAGUUUUUUCAAAGAAGAAGGAUGCAACAAGAUGACAUGUACCUGCGGCGCUAAAAUGUGUUACCUCUGCAAAGCGCCGGUAACGGAUUAUUCGCACUUCAACGGUAUCGGCGGCGACAAGCAUCACCUUUGUCCAUUGUACAGCGAUUCGAACGCCAUCAACAAGCAAAACGUUCUGGGUGCCGCGCAAGCCGCCAAAGCCGAGGUGGACCCUGCCAGGCUCAAGAUCGACCCUUCAGCUGACAUUCAAGAACACUUUGAUCAUCGGAAGAAAGUUUUGCCUAGAGAGGCGCACCUAGAUUUGAUCAAUGCGGCAAUAAACCAUUUGGUUCCUAACCAUGGGCAGCAUCAUAGGCAUCCUCAUGGCCAUCCCCAAGGGCAGAAUCGAGGGCAUCCCAAUGGGCACCAACAUCCACAGGUGAAUUUAAUUUUAUUUGCGUCUGAUUUUGCAAUAUUAUACUUGUUGCUAUUGAAUACGAGAAGCUAGAAUUCUUGAAGCACCAAGAAUUCGAGAAGCUCCACUGUUUCGAGAAGCCCCAGCGAUUCGAGAAGCCCCAGCAAUUCGAGAAGCCCCAAUGAAUCGAGAGGCCCCAGUGAUUCGAGAAGCCCCAACGAUUCGAGAAGUCCCAGCGAUUCGAGAAGUCCAAGAGAUUCGAGAAAUCCCAGCGUUUCGAGAAGCCCCAGCGAUUCAGAAAGCCCCAGCGAUUCGAAAAGCCAAAGCGAUUCGAGAAGAUCCAGCUAUUCGAGAAGCUCCAGCUAUUCGAGAAGCCCCAGCGAUUCAGAAAGCCCCAGCGAUUCGAAAAGCCAAAGCGAUUCGAGAAGAUCCAGCUAUUCGAGAAGCUCCAGCUAUUCGAGAAGCCCCAGCGAUUCAGAAAGCCCCAGCAAUUCGAAAAGCCAAAGCGAUUCGAGAAGAUCCAGCUAUUCGAGAAGCUCCAGCUAUUCGAGAAGCCCCAGCAAUAGUUCCAGCUCAGGCUGAAAAUCGACUAGUUCAUCGGGAUAUUAAAAUGGAGAAUGAACAAUUGAAUAGAGAAUUGAAUGCACAAGUAGAACAGGCUUUAUUUCAGCCUAUUUGAUUGAUUGAAUCAUAUAAAGAUUGAAUACGAACAGAAAAUUUCAGAAUUUCAGAAUUUCAACGGGGACAAAGCCGCAGGGAGCAAAAAGGGGGAUGCCGAAAAAAACGAUCGAUCCGACCCCAAAAUCCAAGAAGGCCUCGAAGCUGUUGAAAGAACAGUCUCCCACGAGAAUCGCGUACGCGACAAGAUCGCAGAAGCGCCUGCAGGACAAAAAAGACCAGAGCUGUCAGCACUCGACCGCAGAGGAGAAAUCCAGGCUGAAAAUAAAGCUGCAAGAGACAGAGAGACUGAAAGGACAGCCGCAAGAAACAAAGAGCUUGCAGAAAGGAAAGCGCUCUUUAUGAGAGAAAGGGAAAAAAAAUGGAGAUACUAAUAGCUUCCAAGGUUGGUAGAAUUGAUGAUUAUUUGUAGAGGGAGGUUGCCUCGAUCAGAAAACAUGGUGAGGGAAGUGGUAAUUCGUGACGUAAUCGGAUCCAAAAUUUCAUCUUGGGAUCAUAUGUAUAUUUUUAGAUCACAGCUGGAUA